AUGCGGAGAAACCAUAAGCUCCGUCGCGGGUUCAUAACCUCUGCAUUCGGAAGAACGAGGCAAUUAACAACCAAUCCGAAGAAGAGUGCAGUGGUCGUAUUCUCGAAUCACUCAAUCGGCGACAGCAGCAGGCUGCAAGUACAGGGUAAAGUACUGCCGGUGAGUCACGAAUACACCUACCUCGGGAUAACAUUGAGUGACGAGCAGAACUAUCUCUCGAAACACGAAGAGAAGUUGAAAAUGAUGGCGAAGAAAACUCUUCACCAGAUGCACGCCCAGAUUCUCUGGGGAUUCAACAAGUUUGAAAUGUCCAGAGCUUACUGGAAAGGCGUCGCUGUCCCGAAGCUAACCUAUGGCAAUGCUGUCACGACAAUGACUGCAAAGACCGCUGAAGCGUUAGAAAAAGCCCAGCGAGAGGCAGCUCGAUGGGCUCUGAACAUAACCGGAUGGAGAGUUGCGAACGAGUUUCUAUCAUCCGAACUAAACUGGAGCUCCUUCGAAGAAAGGGAGGCCAAGAGUAAGCUCAGAUAUUUUGCAAGAAUCCAAUCUAUGCCAGAUUCACGAUGGCCCAAGAUGAUGCUGAACGCAAUGGAUCUGCAGAAAAUACGAACGAAGGCCUACGAGAAGAUGGAGGCUCUCCGAUCCAAGUUCGACUGCGACACACUGACGGUCGAACACGAUGAGGAAAGAGGAGCACUCCUUGGAGUCUACUAUCGGAGACUAGCCGAGAAAGUGAAGACCAUGCAAGACAAGGCCUGGGAGGAAGGCAUGGCAGGGAAAUGA